AUGCAGCCGGGAAAAGGCGGGGCCUUCGAGCGUAACGAAGCCCAGUUCCGCAACUUCAUCUCCAAUGGCCCUAAUGCGAAAUUCCCGGCUGAAAAGGGUCGCUAUGCACUCUAUUGCCACCGUGUCAUGAUUGUUCGCGCACUGAAGCGCUUGGAAGACGUUGUCGACUUGUACAUCUGCGGGAUGAGCAUGGGCAAGGAAGGCUGGUACUUUGACGACAGCCCAGAGGCCGCAAAGUUCGGCGUCCUGCCCAAGGAUCCCGUGUAUGGUUUCAAGACCAUCAAAGAACUGUACCUCAAAGCCAGCCCGGGCUACAACGAACGUGUGACCGUUCCUGUGCUCUGGGACAAGAAGACACAUACCCUCGUCAGCAACGAGUCGAGUGAGAUCAUACGCAUGUUUUACACCGAGUUCGACCACCUUCUGCCCGAAGCCGACCGAGAAGCUAGCAGGUCAGGCGGAGGGCUGUACCCAGAAGCUUUGAGGAAAGAGAUCGAUGGGAUCAACGACUGGGUCUACCACACCGUAAACAAUGGCGUUUAUAAAUGCGGCUUUGCAUUUACUCAGGCCGCCUAUGAAGAGAACGUCGAGAAUCUGUUCAAGUCGCUAGAUCGAUUGGAGGACAUUCUCAAGAACCGCACUUUCCUUCUUGGCGACCACAUCACCGAAGCCGAUGUCCGGCUGUUUCCCACCAUUGCACGGUUUGAUACGGCCUACUUCCCUGUUUUUAUGUGCAACCUGGGUUUGAUCCGCAACGACUAUCCCAAUCUCCACUUGUGGCUGAGAAGACUGUACUGGGAUCAAAGCGAGAAGACGCAUGGAGCAUUUUUCAAGACGACGGAACCCUGGAUCUCACUGUAUAAAAGUGGUUAUGGCAAUGCAAGAGCAAGAGUUUUGGGUAUCACUGGGCCAGUAAUUAUUCCUAAAGGACCGCGCGUUACGAUCCAAGAGCUGAAGGAAGAGGAGAUGUUAAAGAGCUGA